CAUACAAAUAAAUACUCGCAAAUUGUUCAUUCUUUGGCAUAUUUUGAACGUCACCUGCGCAGUGUCAUCAUAGAAUCGGGAAUUUCUAAUGAACUUGAUGUUGCGCCACCUUGUCACAUAAUGUGACUUUAUUGAACUUGCAUUGAUUGAUUUGCUACUCCAACGAUAGUUACGAUUCUGUUAUGUGAUAAUGUGAUUUUCCUGAAGGGUGUCAGGAUUUUGUUCCGGUGUAAAAACCUACUUACUACAAGAUUCCAAUAAACCACAAUGCCCGAGGGUCCACAUGUGGACAUGAAUGGUGGCAGCAGCGGCCAGCCACCACUUCGUCGUUGUGACAAUCCUUGGAAACCCAAUGCACAGCAUGGCCAAUCAGAGGUAUACCGUCGGAUGUUGGGCAUCUUGAAUCGGGUGACACAACAGUCUCUUGGUAUAUUUCUAGAACAGGCUCGAGAACUUCCACUCUCGGAUCCCACACAUUUACCUCAUAUACUCAGUCUACUUCUUGAAAAGUCCCAGGAUGAACCAAUGUUUGCACCAAUAUAUGCACGUUUAUGUCGGGAUUUAGCGGCGAAUGCUGGAAUACAACGAGAUCUCACAGCAGCCUGUGAAUCUCAUUUCAUGGAUAAUUAUCAACAAAUACUUCACUACAGUGUUAUCUUUGAGGGACCUAUAACUUCACAAUUGAUCCAGGAGGAAAUUCUUGCCAGAAAAAGAUUUAUUGGCCAUCUCAAAUUUAUGAGUGAGCUGCACAAAGUUGGGGUUGUCUCGGGCAAUCAGCUGGCAGCAAUGGCAGAAACUUUUCUUCAACAUGGUGAUGACCGCUCCUUUGAAGGUCUCUGUCGCCUCCUGUCCUUCUCUGCCCUGGGCUUAAUUCGGUCUCAUGAGGAACUAGUAAAUCGGAGUUGCACCUAUUUAGAAAACUGUCUUGCAAAUGGUAGCCUAAAUCCCAGACUACGAUUUUUAACUCAAGACACCCUGGACCUUCGUGCUAACGGAUGGAGACCUCGGGAUGGUGAUCGAAUCCACCCUCCUCCGGGCAGGAAUGUUCGAGGAUAAUUUUUUGAAUUGGGGGUCGAUCAACUCGCUGUGUAUGUGUUAAUUGUUGUCAAGUGUUACCUCCUGUAUUGUAAGAUAUUUAUUGUUGAGUGUCUCUUCAUGUGUUUCACAGAGUCACCUUCCCCAUAAACUCAGCUUCCAGUUGCAUACCAUAUUCACCACCAUUUUAUCCUGGACAUUUCCAUGAUACACAGUACAUACCAAGAAGGGUAUUGUGAUUUUACACUGCCUCUACACUUUGUGUCAUCUGAUGGCCUGUGACAGCUUAUGCCAAUAGGACUAAACUUACUGUAUUGUCUGUGCAUAACAUAUAAUGAGCUAUGAAGUUGGUUCUAUAAGUAAUAGUAUAGAUAUGGCAUGGUUAUGGAUGCUUUUUUAUUUUUUUUUAUUUAUUUACUUUGUCCUGCAUGUAUGUACAGUACAGUACUGUAUUGGGAAAAGAACAGUUCAGAAUCUCUCAAUAAAUUAUGCCUCUUCUGUCAAAACUUUUAAGAUGUAGGUUGUUAAUCACCCUGUUUUAAUAUUCUUUUUACCAUCUGUUAUUCAAUGCGCUAAGCUAAAGCAGCAGAAAAACCUGUAACGCUAAAAAAAAAUCCUUUUAAUUAAUUUCUUAUUAAAAUAUUCAAGCAUCCAAAGUGGUAUGAUGUUACACAAAGUUUGUGAGAGCAAAAAUAUGGAAUAGUUACCAGUAUAUUGAUCUUAGUUUGAGCAAGAGAGGUUUAUUACAGUAUAUAAAUAUUGAUACAGUAUAUUUAAAAUUUUGUAGAGCUUAAUUAUAGAUACAGUAUUUGAGUGCAAGGUCUGAUACAGUAUUUAUUUUUCUGAAUAUCUUAAUAUCAUAGAUGACUUGUGUGCAGUAGUAUUAACUGGGAUGGUAUUAAUUUUAACCAAUUUAUUUUAUAGAUAGGCCAUGUAAUAAUAGAAUGGGUAAACUGAAUAUGAUGCACAGUGAACGUUUUGAAUUACCUCAUAAACAUACAGAAUGUGCAAAUGAAUACAGUCAAUUUAGAUUUUUUCAAAGAAGUAUCAUUGAAAAUAUAGUAUUAGAAAUACUUAAGAAUGAUAUUUUGGCCAAAUAAUAAUGAAGUCGAUACAAUUUUAAGUUCUGUUCCUUGGGAAUAUAUUCUUAUACUGAAUAAUUAAAGCUACCAAAUUAAUCUAGAUUAGACUAGAGUAAGUCACUGGCCCCCAACAUUCAUUCCAGUUGUAUUUUGCUCUUUGAGACUUAUCUGAGGGUUCUUACCCAUUUCAAGUUUUGUGAAUCACAAGUAAUUAUUUUGCACUUUCCCUAAAAAUGACACAACAAAGUCACUACGAUCAUCAAUUACAGUCAGUAAGCACAGUGAUGUAAUCGUAUGUACAAUAACAGGCAGUUAUAUGGCUUAAGAAUGGAAAACGAACAAAAUCACUUCUGAUGCAUGUGGGUGAGGGAGGGCUCAAGAAAGAUUCAGGCAGCAGCACAUGGAUGCAGAGGACAAUGAAUGUGUUUCAGUGCAUGGCAGCCACUCUGGGAUGACAAAUGAAGAGAAAUAUGUGCAUGGAGAUGCUAGGGAGCCAUUUUCUUUUGAUUUCUUGACAUAAUGAUUUUUAAACCAAGAUAGGUCAAUCGUAUAGAGAAAAUAUUAAAUCAUUAACUGAAGAAUCUUCAGUCAAGAGUGUGUAUCGAGGGAUGCCUGUACUGAUUAUGUAAUUUAUUCAUUGAUAACAAUUACAACACAUUAUAUAAUUUUUUUACGUUUACAGUUGAUCCUCAGUACAUGACUAGAUUCGAACCAAAAAUUACCAUGAAAUAAUCAAUCAUGAUAUAUUGUUCUAUGCAUUCCAGUACAAAAUAAAAGGUACAGGACUGCAACCCCAAAAUAUACAAAUAGAAGUCCUCUUAUGACAUGAAUUUCACUCACAGCCAGCCCACCUUGAUGACAGGCUGACUCGACACCACACCACUCAUCUACACAGUUCACUCACAACACCUUAAAUAAAAAUUAAAAAAACAAAUACGUUUAGUUCUUUUGCUCCUUCACUUAAGUACAGUAAUAAAAUUUUAUAUUCUUGCACUCGACUCUCCCUUGUUUCACAUGACAACACAUUCAUCACCUCACAACACUUCACCCUUACUUCAGGAUAGUGUUUCCCUUCAAAGCAUGUUUUAACAAAUAACUUACCUUGAGUUGCACUUGGUUUGAAAGUUAUGGAGAAUGGCGAUGUCCACACGGCACAAAGGUUAGCCUUGGCUGAGUAGCACCUUAGAGACCUGUGCUGUCAUCUAUUGAGAGAUGAGGGAAAUUUAAGCUUUUCUUUGGAUUAUCCAUGUGAAAUUACAUACAGUCUUAAACAUUAAAAAAUAUACAGUAGACCCUUGCCAUUCACGAGGGAAAGGUUCCAAGAAAUGGUGCGAAUUGGCAAAAUCGCGAAUAGCAACUUAUACUACCUUACAGUGCACUACUGUAUACCUAUACCAAACAACUGACCAGCCGCAGCAGCACUCAUCCCCUAUUUUAACUUAUCUAAUAAUAAAACUUUCUUUAUCAGGGUCAUCACUGACUUCUGCCUUGUACAUUUCACUCCACUAGCAUUGACACUAGGCAGUAUUUUAGGGACCAUUUCACACAGAAACACUAAAGUUUUGAGAGUACAACACAAGAUGCUCCAUGGCGAAUUGCAAACUCGCAAAUGGCAAGGGUCUAAUGCAUACAAAUAUAUGAUGAAAUAUUUAACAAACAGUCUUCCUUACACUAUGCAGAGUUUACACUACAGCACUCAACAUUAUUUUUGUUUAAUUUCUUUGUAAAUAUUUUAUCUACCGGGUAAUUACAUUAAUUUAACUCACCUCGACAGAUGGGUGUGAAUAAUAAUACUUCUGGUCAUGGAUCGUCCUACCUAAGAGUCGUUUGUAGGUACUGGAUGGGUGAAGGCCUGUGCUGCCAGCUAUUAAAACUCGGAGAAACUUUCACUUGCUGCUAGUUGAUCUGUACUUGGAAAUUUUUUAAUUUUCUGAGUUUACAAUGCUCAAUAAAGAAAAAUGGGAAUAAUUUAGUUUGCCAUGAAACACCAUAACGAAAGCGAAGUAUUGAUCUGUGAAUAAUGAGGAUCUACUGUAUUACUGUACUGUAUUGUACUUACAUAGACUGGUGUGGCUUGCCAGGAGGUUCCAGCUAGUUGCAUUAUUGUUGCAUACAGUAUAUACAGUACAGUAUUAGUUUUAGAAAAUUUGUUUCAACAGAAAUUGGAAAAUAACCAUUACAUGGUUGUGUCUAUCUCAUGAUUGAUCUUUUGGAACACAAAUCCUUGAAAUUAGGAAAUUGAUCUAUUCACUUUCGGCUUCUAGUCCUAACCAUGUGCAAAAUAUUUUGCUUGUGAUGCUUAAACUAUGAUACUGAACUGCCUCAGUACUGGCUCAGUACCCCCAAAGGAAUAUUGAUACAACCUGUCACAUUGAAUAUCAGCCUCUACAUGCAGCUUACUGGGGUAAACUUUUAAUUUGCAUUUUGUUUAUUACCUUUUUAUUCAGUCCUUCUGAAUUUUAGAAAAUUAAAAUUUAAGCCCAAAAUGUUGAAAGUAUCUUUUUCAAUUUAAGUUUUAUAAUGAAGCCUAUAUAAAACCACUCAAGAGUCUGCAUUGAAAAAUAUCUGUCUAACAUGUAACAGAAUUAUUAAUCUGUUUUAUAAUAUACAGUAACAUGUAUUGGGUACUCUUCCCCGUGAUACUUUCUUCAUAGAAUUCUAUUUAUGUCAAAAAAUCUAGCAGUAAACCAUUAGAUAAUGGGUCACUUCAAAAAGUAUUCCAUUAGAAAGGUCACCUGCAGGGUAAAGCAUCACCCAAAAACCCUACAUUAUCAUAUUGAUAUCUUGGUUCCACUCAUUUCUUCCAUUUAGCUCAGAUUCACCAUCAUAAAUCAAGUCACCAACUUAGCACUUUACACCAUUUUCAUUUGAUUCAGUACCUAGUUAAAAUUUCCUGUCUGGGAAGCUUUUGGCUCUCAAAUAUGGAAGUUCACUGUGCUAUGCUAUAUAACUGAAGCUCAUUAGGAUGCUGGACAUGUGAAGGGAGGGGCUGGGAAGGGUAUCUGCCCAGGUGAUGUAAGAAACUGACACCCAUUGGUUAUAAGCACCAAUUGGAAUUGAUAAGAAUCACUAUUGGAUAACCUGUGCUAAGACUUGGUGUGGUUUGACAAUAUCUUGAGUGAUGUCACUGAGUGAGACAUUUAAAAUGCGUAUCAAGAUAUUGGACAAGUUAGAGCAAAACUGCAUAUUCAAACUAUGUGAAGUGCAAUACAAUAUCAGUACAGUACAUAUGUACAAUACCUUGACAGUGUGACUUGAUAAAGCAAAUACAGGUACAUACUGUACAGUAUUUAGGGUUAGUGUAAUACUUGUACAAUAAGUCCUCCCUAAGUCGGACUACUGUAUAUGGGGUUCAAGGCUGUCCGACUAAUGUAAAACCUCCCCACUUGGUUCUUUUAAUCACCAUUUUGCUAUAAAAUCCCUUCCAAAAAUAAUAUUAAUGUCAACAAUACACAUUUACACUGCACUUACUUUUAUCAGCAGAUGAAUCUUGAGGUGGAGGACGAUAGGGGGCUGCUACAAUACGCACAUUCACACUUAUAUUUACACUUCAACCCAAACUCCUCAUCACAGAUAACAUUCAUGGAGACCCCUGCUUCAAUUCUCUCUCAUAUUUUCAGUUUCUUUUCAAUUGGUAGAGUUCUGAGCACCAUUCCUUUUCUCCCAGUGGUCCUCAGGGAUGUUGUUUUACCUUUACUUGCUUUAGAGGCUAUAAAUAUACACUUGGGAAGCACUAAAUACAAUUAAAAAAAAAACAAUGCAAGGCAGAGCAGUGGUCACAAGAACAAA